AUGUUGACAUCAACACAUCCUGAAUAUGUGAUUAGUGUCUUGGUGCGCGAUGCUGAGAAGGCUGCUACUGUGUCACAAAAGUAUCCUGAGGUUCGAGUUGCCUUGGGGGAUCUUGACUCCACAUCUUUGAUUGAGAAUGAGGCCAAGGAGGCUGAUGUGGUUGUUAAUGCCGCUUCUAACAAGCACAUUCCUAGCAUUGAGGCUAUUGUACGGGGCCUCGGUAGCCGCCCAAAGCCUGGCCAUUUGAUCCAGGUCUCUGGCGCAAGCAUUUUAUCCAUCCCGGAUAUUGUUAACAAGAAAUUUGGCGAAGGACCUGGUAAAUCAUAUGAUGAUCUUAAUGAUGCCGACGAGAUUCGCGAGAUCAUUAAGCAAAACGCAGCUACACGAGUCGUGGAUAAUCACGUUAUCAACGUUAGCGGCGUGAAGACUGCACUUGUCUUCCCUCCCAUCAUCUAUGGAAAGGGAAAUGGCCCCGUGAACCAGCGCAGUAUCCAGGUUCCAGAGCUUUCCAGGGUGGCAAUUCAAACUAAACAGACGGUGCAGGUGGGUAAAGGCGAAAGCACCUGGAGCAACAUCCACGUUACCGACUUGAGUAAUGUAUUUGCCAAGCUGGCUGAGAAGGCAAUUGAGAGUGCCCAGGGCGCUCUUUGGAACCAAGAUGGCCUCUAUCUUGUUGGUAAUUCUGAUGUGCUGUCAUUUGGCAAAAUCUCAGAAUAUGUGGCUCAAGCAGCCCAUGGUCUUGGCUUGAUUGACUCCGCUUCCGUGAAAAGCGUCAGUGCCAGUGAGGCUGAUGAGUUGACUGCCAAGGGUAGUGUCUUUUGGGGUACCAACGCUCGACAGCAGUCCCAGAGAGCUACUACGCUGCUGGGCUGGACCCAAAAGGCCCACACCUUGGAACAAGAGAUCCCAUUGACCGUGAAGGCUGAAGCGGAUCGACUUGCUCGAAGUGCAUCCCUGUAG